AUGAACUUAGAAUUACUUGAAUCGUUUGGCCAAAAUUAUCCAGAGGAGUUUGAUGGCACAUUAGAUUCCAUUUCCCUCGCGGCGACGUGCGCAUUUAACCGUCGCGGUACUCUUCUGGCAGUGGGUUGUAAUGAUGGAAGGAUAUUCAUCUGGGACUUUCUUACAAGAGGCAUCGCUAAAUCUAUAUCAGCACAUGUCUAUCCAGUGUGCAGUUUGAGUUGGUCAAGAAACUGUAAAAAGUUACUCUCAGCAUCCACUGACCACAAUGUAUGUAUUUGGGACGUUCUCUCUGGUGAAUGUGAACAACGGUACAGAUUCCCAACGCCAAUAUUACGUGUUCAGUUUGAUCCUAGAAAUGAUAAGAGAUUCCUCGUUUGUCCGAUGAGACACGCUGCUUUGUUGGUUGAUACUGACGGUGAACAUAAAAUUCUGCCCAUUGAUGAAGAUGGUGACACAAAUGUGAUUGCAUCAUUUGAUAGGCGAGGUGAUUUUGUAUACACGGGGAAUGCUAAGGGUAAAAUAUUAAUACUCGACUCGCAACAGCUAACAGUAAAGGCGAGCUUCAAAAUAACUGUCGGUACUUCAAGCACUACCGGGAUAAAGAGUAUUGAGUUUGCAAGAAGAGGAGACUGUUUCCUUGUAAAUACAUCAGACAGAGUGAUCAGAGUGUAUGACGCCAACACAGUUGUGAAGUGUGGUGUGAACGGGGAACCAGAACCUAUACAAAAGUUACAGGAUCUUGUUAAUAAAACUACAUGGAAAAAGUGUUGUUUUUCUGGAGACGGUGAAUACAUAUGUGCUGGGUCAGCUCGUCAACAUGCAUUAUAUAUAUGGGAGAAGUCUAUAGGAAACCUUGUGAAAAUACUCCACGGCACUAAAGGAGAACUUCUAUUAGAUGUUGUGUGGCAUCCAGUGAGACCCAUCAUAGCUAGCAUUAGUGCUGGUGUGGUGUCAAUAUGGGCUCAGAAUCAAGUAGAGAACUGGUCGGCGUUCGCUCCUGACUUUAAAGAAUUGGAUGAAAAUGUUGAAUAUGAGGAGAGAGAGAGUGAGUUCGAUGUUGAGGAUGAAGACCGCUCUGUGGACCAAGGCGGGGAUAGUAGGGACGAUGAGGAAGUUGAGGUGGAUGUGACCACUUGCUCCGCGGUGGCUGCCUUUUGCAGUUCAGACGAAGACGCGGAAGAUGACACAUUACUGGCCUUCCUACCGAUAGCACCGGAAAUAGAGGACCCGGAGGACGGCUGGGCGGCGACUCAAGAGACGGUGACUCCGAGCGAGACUCCUGAGAAACUGGAACCAGCGGCCAAGAGGCCCAAGAGCAAGACAUACGACAUAACACUCAAGAUAACGCCGCAGGAACAACCUCUCAGCUUCGGUGGAAAGAACAAACAGGCGGCCGGGAGCAAGAAGGUCGCGGGCAGACCCCGGAAAUAA